AUAGAGCAGUGCCCUGUGGAACAGAACAGUGCAGUGUAGUGGAAGACCUGGGAGAGCAGAGAGAGCAGAUUUUCCCCACAGCUCUACAGAAACAGUGAAGAUGACAGACUCUUAGCAUAAUGAAGUCACACUGAAGUUCUCACUGGAGGUCAUCAGGCUGGAAUGCUAAGAUGUUGGAUGUCACUCUACCAAAAUGCUUGCAGCUGUUUGUCUCCCUGGUCAUUGUGUCCAGAAUACAUGGCAGGGUCAUGGCCCCAGCGCGUCUGGAGGCUGUUGUGGAGCGUCCCUUCACGAUGACCUGCACACUAGUGAGGGCUAAAGGGGAAUCAAUCAAGCAGGUGCGAUGGCUGGACAUGCAGAACCAGACACUUAUCUCCUAUGUGCCUGGACAGCCGGCCAGUGUGAGUGGACAGCAGCAUGUAGAGCUAGGAAGUGAAGCACGUGACAUCAGCAAUGUGAUCAUCAAGCGCGUCAGCCACAGGGACGAGGGCUGCUACACCUGCAUCUUUGACGUGUAUCCGUCCGGCUCCAGAGAUGGACGCAUGUGCCUCAUGGUCACUGCAUCAGUGGUUCAGGAUGGCAAUAAGACAGCGGUCAGUGGGAAACAGGCAUCUCUGUCCUGCCGGUACGGUCUGCCUGAGAAGGUGGAUCAGGUCUUGUGGAAGAAGAUGGCAGAACGUGGUGAAACUCUGGAGGUGGCGUCCUAUGCUAAGCGAGGUGACCCCACCAUAAACGAGGAUUAUGCAGACCGCACAAGCCUGAGCCACUCUCUGUCUGACUCACAGCUCUCCUUACGGCCAGUCAGGGUGGAGGACGAGGGCUGCUACACCUGCGAAUUCCACACCUACCCUGAGGGCACAAAGAGCGCCACCACCUGCCUCACUGUGUUUGUCCUUCCUAAACCUCAAGUGAGCUACAAAACCACGUCUCCAGGUGUGAUAGAGGCUAACUGUACAGCCGCGGCCCGCCCAAAGGCUGAAAUUGUCUGGAACGUGGAAGGAGACAACAGGACCCUGGGGCCUCCUGUGUUCACCGUCACACCACAGGACGACGGCACCAUUCUGGUCAUCAGCACUCUCACUGUACAGGCCAGACUCCUGAAGGACGUAUCUGUCAAAUGCCUAGUCCACCACAAAGGGCUGGAGUCUGCCAUAGCUGUAUCCAUGAACACCAAGAUUGGAACAGCGCUGGCCAUCUUGAUCUCUGUAACUGCAGUGGCCUUUCUGCUGGUCAUCUGUCUUUGUGUCUGCCUGUGGAAGUGCGUUCUGCGUAAAGAUGACUGAUGCGUGUAGACCACUAGAAGUUUCGGAAGAGGACGGCGAUGAGCUUCACCUCUAAAUCCAACCGAAUAUUGAGAGCACAGAGACUCGCCCUGCUUCCCCUAUGGAUUCAACAGCAAACUCCUCAGUAUGACCAGCCAUGUUUAUUAGGCCUGACACCCAACUACACACUGUCCAGAGACGGAAAAAACUACAGGAGGCAAUGCGCACUACAUGAGUAUAGGGUGAAUUUUGACUAUAGUUAAAAAAAUAGUAAUAUAUCUGUUGUUUAUCUUACUUAUUUUUGCAUUUUAUACCCAGUGCUGUGUGUAAACUUACAUUUGACAAAUUUAAUACAUCCACGUCUGGAGAUUUAAGGACACAUGCACAUAUAGCUACUCUGACACACGCAACUGUAUCUGUAAAUUCUUCCCAGGCUGUUAUGUGUGAACUCGAGCUGGGUUGAAAUGCCAGGAAAGUUAAUCCAGCAGUUUGCUUGAAUGAGAUGUUGUAAAAUGUCUGACAAAGUUUCAGGUAUGAACAAAGGUCUGAAUCAAAGAGGAGGGCGUUUUGAUGAUGUUUUUGUCCUGUAACCACACAUUCUGCUUGUUAUAUGGUUUAGUAUUAUAAAUAUGCCUUUGUGAACCAAAUAUUAUAAGUAAGAACAUCAGCUGUCCAUAAUGGCCUUUGUAACAUGCAAGGUGAGGCAGGAUGCAUGCACAAAACUCGGGAAAAAAUUAUGAAAACUAGAGUAACAAGAAUAAGCUCAUAAGGAAACAGACCUAGAAUGACAGACACAAGCACAUGUAAGAUGAGGUGAUGAACAAAUCAGGACUAAAUAUAUAUAUAUAUAUAUAGAUAGAUAAACCAAAACUAGUGGUGCACCGAAAUGAAUAACUGAACCCAAGGAUCAGGACACACUAGGCCUAAAAAAAGUUGACAAUAACACUCUAAAGACCCUAAAAUUACUACAAUAUGUAGACCGUAAUAUGUGCCAAAAAAAUCCAACAUCCUCAACAACAGUAAACAGUUGGUCGUUCAAGGCGAUGAAUUCCCUAAUUGUUUCAAAACUUUACCAGCUUUAUUGUUGUUUGUGACUUUAAGAAACUGUAGCUACAGAAGGCAUCUAAGUGCUCACAAGUAUUUUAUUUUCUGUUUCUGUUGUUUUACUGUAUUCUGCGUUUUCAGGCAGGAUGUCACGAUUUCAAGUGGAAAAAAAAACUAGUGAAGAGUUGAGAGGGUAGAAACUGUGAACUGGUUCCACACGACUGAUAUCUUCAACCUUGAUCUGCUGCUGCUCAAACUGUUUCAAAACAUCUGUGCUGCCAUGCACAGGAAGGAGGAGAAAAAACUGUGCUUUCAAUGACUAAUUAUUUAGUUAUAUAGUUUCAUUGCCAUUAAAAUGACUUUUCAAGACGAUCCUGACACCACAUCAAAUGACUGCUUGGGCCACCCUUUAUGUUAUUGUGAUUUAUGUAGCUACAUUUUCUCCUGUUGUGAUGCCCCCAAUUUUACACAGAGCUCAGUUUCAUUUCAUUUCAUUCAUAUGAAAGGAUGAAUUGAUUGUAGAUAAGGAGACAGAAUCGCAUUCCUUGAUGAUUCUGCAGUGCUUCUAGGACAGGAUGAGUGAGGCAUCACAUUGGUUGUUAUCAUAGUGGCUACACAUUAGAUUUCAUAGUCUUAACUCACACAAAGCACAUUAGAAAAGUCAAAUAUACAAUAAAGACCCAUAGCUAGAUAAAUAAAACACAAAUAUAGAGAUAUAGAAAAAAGGAACUCCAAUAAAAGCUAGAAAAUUUAUAAGAUGAUGAUAAAAUGUUGCAAAUGUGUAAGUAACAAGAGAUUGCUGAGUAUGGUGAGAACUAUACAGCAUAUUAAAAACGGCUGCUGUUUAACUAGUGACGUGAUCCAAAUGUGUUGUGUGCAGCUUUGAAUUGCUUUGUGUGACUGUCAACAUAAUAUAAAUGUGAAAUUAUGUUGCAGGCAACUCAUAACAUGCAACUAGAUGUAUAAGUUUUACUAUGUCAAGUUAGCCUGACAAACACAAGACAACAGUGAUGGGAAUGAUAUGGGGGCGGAGCCAGAUUGUUCAAAAGAAUCAAAGCUCUGUAUGAUCCAUUGACCCACCCUUUUUCAUAGACCAGAUAAGAGACUUUGUAUUUUCAGAUUUUUUCUGAUAUGUAUGAACUUGCUGAACUUGGCAUUGUUCCAGCAAUAGACUGCAAAUGCGAAAGGGAGAUUCUUCAGCACUGCUACAAAAUAGCAGAUGAUGUUUUUGGUUUUAUAUCUAAAAAGGCUUCAUGCUUGUGGCUUUAAGAAUCUGGUACUUGGAUCACUAUUAUGGCUUUAUGUUACAAUCUCCAAGUUUAAGUAGACGCCGAGGGCCUUUAUGGUGCUUUGCACUCUCAAACAGGCUUUGCUGCUUCUGUCAAAUACGAUUUUCUGUAAUUCCAUGCUGCUUAGAAACAUGUCUAGGCAGAAAGGUACAGCAAGGUUAUGAAUCUGUUGACACUGUUGCUGUUGAAACACUGAUUCUGUGUUUGCGUCACUUUCCUGGAAAUCUGUGUGUGUGUUGAAGUCUUUGCAGACAGGUUGAGUCUUUGUGCUCUCGCUGUGUGUGCAGCAUGCAGUCGACGGCAUCAGCUGAUGCAGCAAUGGGCGUCAGGAGAGGAUGGUAACGGCGCCGAGUGUUCCAGUACAGAAUGCAUUAGCUAUAGUGUGUGGGUUUGGGCAUCUGUGUGUGUGUGUGUGUGUGUGUGUGUUCAGUAUAUGAGUCUGGGUGUACGUGUGUGUCUGUGUGCUUAUGUAAUAUGUGAAAUGGUGUUGUUUUAACUCAUAAUGCAUUACAUUGUUUAUAUGACUGGUGGACACCAGUGUGUUGUAUAGAUGCACUGGGCCAAUGGUUGCACUUAACCACACAUUACUUCUGUUUGUGAUUAUUCAUACAAUUCACAAUAUUUGUGCCUUUAACAUGCAGUGAUGCUUUCUUUUACAGUCCCUUAAGUUCUCCCUUAAGUAUCAAUCAGGUAUUGAACUCUGAAGUACUAGGUAAUUAUUUUGGGUAACAUGAUGGAAAGUCCCAAGACACUGUAAUGUUGGAAAAUUGGUAGGGGUCACUUUGCUUGAGAGCUGCUAUAUAACACUGACGUAACUAUGCCCGAUAUCGUAACCAGAGUUAUCAUAACAGAUGUUGGUCAGUAAUAUAAUAUAAUAUAACAGUGCCAUGUUACCAUAACCGAUAUCUGUCAUGACAGAUGUCAUCAUGUUUGAUGUCAUGACAACUUACGUUGCAUGAUACAUUUUGUUAUGUACUCUGUCAUGACAUCAAACAGCAAAUGACUGCCAUCUGCCAUGACAUAGUUAUGGUUAUGUCAGUGUUAAGUACCCGGGUUCACGUUUCCUGCCUAAACACAUGACAUUACAAAUUAUGGGUUAAUUUGUACUCACUGUGUUACUAACUCCGAAUAAUUAUCCAGUGAUGAGAUAA